AUGAUUGCUCUUCUCGUCUUCCUAGUCUCUGCAGCCUCUGCUCUAAUCAUGCGAGACGAUCCUCCCCUCCCAAUGCACCAAUGUACUUGGCGUACCAUCAUCGCCGCCGACUGCCCAUCAGCCUGUGGAUUCUGUAACGAUGGAGGAUGUGUCGAUGGAGUCAUGAACUGCGACAACGACAUCUCCAUCUGCAACGCCGUCGGCAUGCAAGACUUUGUGAACCAGUACUGCCAAAGAACCUGCCAAAGAUGUGGAACCACCACUGCCGCUUCGACAGGAACUGGCACUGGAACCUGCACGUCAUUCAUCGCCGACACGAGCGCCUCGUGCAGAGCAUGGGCUACUAAUGGAUUCUGCACCAACACGUUCUACACCGCUGCACAACGUAGAGUGUACUGUGCUACCACUUGCAGAAUUUGCUAA